AUUAAAUAAUAUGAAAGCUAAUCAAGAGAUUCAUAACAAAGUUGCUUGGUAUUUCAAGUGGUUGAAGACUCAGCGGAACAACAAACAUAUUGUCGAGCAAAAAGAAUCCCCCUUCAGGAAUGUAAACUUGAUGGAUUUGAAGCUCCCUGUCAAAUUUAAUGAGCUGAAAAAUAUGAUUGCACAUAAUAAACACCUGAGAAAAUAGUUCUAACUUGAGUAUGACGACUGCAAAGUAUAUAAGAAAAGCCGGAUCGGUUAGCAAAAAGAAAAUAACUAUUCUUCUUAAGCGAAAGACCAAAAAUAAGAUCAAACAUGCUCAUCCUAAAACCAAGGAUCACCCUAAAUCGUUAAGAAGCGAAAAUAUAUUCUCUUGAAGUCUGGACAAGCCUGAUCAUAAUAGCAGUUUAUUUACUAGUGGACACAGAUCUAAGAAAUCAAAGAAGCGAUAUAUGAGUAAUACAACAAAAUUUUGGCCUGAAAAGAAUGAACCUGAUUUGAAAUUAGAGAAGGAUCCACACAAUGCUAGAGCAAAUACAAGUCAUUAUAAUGUUUCGACUAGUAUAAAAAAUAGCAUAACUCGAAGAAGUUUUAAGAACAGUAAUCUCAAGCUAAAUAAAAUAAGGAUAUCAUUUCUUGAUCUAAAAGGAAAGGAUCUAAGCAUGCCUUCUAAAAGAUAUAAGCAUGAUGAAAACAAAAUGAAUAAAACUUGAACCAUAUUUGGAGUGAGGAACUACUCUUUGAAUACUCCAAAUGCUCAAAUUUAUAAAUUGAUAGAGUCUUCAGAUACGAGGAGAACAACUAUGGAGCGAUAUAGACCAACACCUGACCAAAAUAUUACAGGAAUCGAAGGUAAAAGUAUUUUAACACAAAGCUCUGUUGAGCUUUCACCAGGAAAUCAGAGAUUAGGAAUACAAAGAAAACCUCCAAAGUUACAACUCUCUAGCACUUCAUAUGGAAGGAAAAAAAUUUAGCUCAAUAGAAAUUGAACCAAAGAAAGCAAAAUUUCCUGAGCUUGAUGAAUUCUUAAGGAUGCAAUACAUAUAUUCUCAGGCGAGACAGAGGGUUAAUGAAGAAAAGAAUAAUAUUCCUAAAGAGGAAAUUCCUACAGCAAAAGAAGUACUCCCGAGUCACAAAAAGAAGAUAAGCAUUAGUAUAAAAACAAAAUUGAGUGGAAUUCACCCUGUUCUUCUAAAGAAUGAUAAUUCAGUAGAAAGCAGCAAGUUUUAUAAUGUAGAAGCUUCUACUGAGAUAGACAAGCCUAUCUCCGUUAUAAGCAACCAUGCAGGGUAUGAAGAAAAGAAAAUGCAUUAAGUUUGAAGGAAAUUCUUAAAAAUAAAUACUACUGCUGAGAACAUGAGAAGCAUCCGAAUCUAUCUCCCAAGAAAACUAAGCUCAAAGGAACUAUUACAACGGCUGGAAGAGGAAUAAGAGUGGUAUUUUCCUAAAGGACUGAAAUAUCAUUCAAGCCUUAACACUAACACUUUAAAUGUUUUCUUUCAACCCACUUCACACGACCUAAAUGUU